AUCGUGAUGAACUCCUCACUGGUUUCUUAUUUCACUCUGGCUGCUUAUGUGGACUCUGGACUGUUGAGAUACUUGUUCUUCACGCUGGUCCUGUCCUUGUACUUGUUGAUCCUUUGUGCCAACGUGCUGCUGAUUGUAGUUAUCUGUAUGAACAGAAGUCUCCAUGAACCUAUGUACGUGUUCCUGUGCAGCCUGUUUGUAAAUGAACUGUAUGGUAGCACAGGGCUGUUUCCUCUGCUCCUGCUCCAGAUCCUCUCAGACGUUCACACUGUUCCCGACGUCUUUUGUUUCCUGCAGAACUUCCUGUUGUAUUCGUACGGGGGUGCAGAGUAUUUAAACCUGGCCGUCAUGUCUUAUGACCGCUACCUCGCUAUAUGUUGGCCUCUGCAGUACAACACACAAAUGACGGUGAACAGGAUUGCGAUACUAAUCAGUGUGACGUGGUGUUGUCCUUUACUUCUGUGUCUUGUUAUGACGUCGUUGAGCAACUCUCUACAUCUGUGUGGAAACAUCAUUGAGAAAGUUUACUGUGACAACUUCUCCAUAGUUAAACUGGCCUGUUCUGACACCACAGUCAAUAACAUCUAUGGACUGUUUGUUAGCUCAUUCUCUAUAUUUUGUCCUCUAAUUCUCAUUUUCUACUCCUACAUCAAGAUUCUGAAGAUCUGUCUCUCCGGCUCCAAAGGCACGAGGCAGAAAGCCGUGAGCACGUGUGCUCCUCACCUGGCCUCUCUGGUCAACUUCUCAUGUGGAGCUUGUUUCGAGAUCAUGCAGAGCAGAUUUAACAUGAAAACGUUACCCAAUGUUUUGAGGAUAUUUUUAUCCUUGUACUGGCUCACAUGUCAGCCGCUGCUCAACCCGGUGGUCUACGGACUGACUCUGUCCAAAAUGCGCAUCAUCUGUAAAAGUCUGGUUUUUGCUGAGUGA